UCACACCUCAGCACGGAGCCGCGCAGAGUCAUAGACCAUCGCCCAUCGACAUUGCCGCUCCAUUGGACGCCGCGGCUGGACAAUCGCAGCACGCUCAAUCAGCCCAGCGACCUUGCAAGCUGCCCGGAGCCCGUUGCUAGCAAGCGGACAAAUCUCUUAGGUAAGUAGGCCCUUUGUCCUGGCCCCUGAGCCGUGCGCGUGCCCGAGUCGCCCAGUACACCACACACACACACACACACUCACCAUGGACAUAAAAGCGCCGAGCCCGCCGCGCAGGCGAGCACCACGGCAUGCAACCCAAGUAGCCUAGCCACCAGCAACCAUCCACAUCAUGUCGGGCCUCGCCUCAGCGCCCAAGCAGGGCACGUCGGCCUUCAUCGUCAAGGGCGACAAGAUCCUGGUCGGCCAGCGCCUCGGAAGCCACGGCGCGGGCUCCUGGCAGCUGCCCGGCGGGCACUGCGAGCCGGGCGAGGGCUUCUUCGAGUGCGCCGUGCGCGAGGUCAAGGAGGAGACGUUCCUCGACGUCGACGGCGUGCGCCUCCUCGCCAACACCUACGACGCCUUCCCGCAAAACGACAAGCAUUACGUCACCUGGUUCGUCCUCGUCGAGAUGCGCGACGACGAGGCCGUCCCCAAGGCCAUGGAGCCCGACAAGUGCGCCUCGUGGCACUGGAUGUCCGUCGCCGACCUGCGCCGCAAAAACAUGUUCCUGCCCCUCGUCAACCUCUUCGACGUCAAGAAGACGUGGGACGCCGUCCUCGCCGGCUCCGCGCCCCUCAUCCGCCUGCCCGCCACCGCCGGCUCCGCCGCGCGCAACCUGCUCGUCCGCUGGGACACGCAGCCGGGGUCCGCUCUGCGCGUCGACGCCGCCGCCGGGAGCGUCACCCUCGGCCGCGGCCGCGACCUGGCCGUCGUGGACCCGAGCCCGGGCAACACGGCCUGCUCGCUCCAGAUCGUGGUCCCGGGGCCGCACGGCGAGCACGUCUUUCCGCUCGGCAACGACGUCGUGGCGCUGGGCGAGGGCGCGACAUGCAAGGCCGAGUCGGUCGUCGACGGAUUCCACAAGGCCAGGGCGUGAUGGGCUGUGUUUGGGGAGAGGACGUAUGUAUGUACUAGCUUAGAUUCCGCAGACUUGCACAAAACACGGACACGAUAUCCAGUAUGAAG